AUGCUAACCCUAAUGAAAUCAGAUGAUGACAGCACUGUUUCUUCACUAAAACCGUUCAAUCUAUAUGAUCGUCCGGAAGAUAUUAUACCGAUAGGAGUUGCGUAUACCAAAGAUCUACCGGAUUUGAAAGUUCCAGGCAAAGGUCAAGUCAGAUAUUUCAAGCCCACCUAUAUAGGUCGCUUCACAUCUGAUGAUUUCCUCAAGUUGAAUUCAUCAGACAUCACACAUAGGAAUACCACCCAUUCAAAUGAAAAUGAUGAAAAGUUUUCACAAGGCUCUGGCAAGAAUGAGAAAAACCCCGGCCUGAGUAAACUUGUGGUCCGAUUGAACUUCAAUUCUUCGCAGAGUACGUCGCAACCGAGUAAAGUGAUAAAGGUUCAGAUAAAUAAGAGUGACAUUUCACAAAACAGUUCUAAGAAAAGUAGCUCAGAGCCCACUAAGUCUCGGAAUGUUACAAAAGCCGUGACUGAUUCUGAAGACAUCAAUCUGACAUCAAAGACAGCCAAGGGAGAUCGCGGGGAAAGAAAGUCCUUUGGGGGUUCAAACUGGCAAUUGGCUGGAUGCUGGACAUGCCGUGUUCGCCACAAAUCAUGCCCUCAAGACGGAGAGAUUUGCUCAACAUGCACUCGAUUAAAUUUGUUCUGUGACAGGUCUCCUACUAGACCAGAUUACAUGAAGAAUAGAGAAUACUGUAAGAAGAUGGUCCGUGACAUCAAGGAAAUUACAUCAGUGGCAAGACACAAGGCUCUUCAGGAAGGGAAGAAAACGAGGAAUGGUGUGAAAAAGCGCACUCAAGCCAAACCUUAG